AUGAGCUCAGAGGAGAAACGGGAUCAUUCUUCUUCAACACACGCUGUUUCUGCCGAGGUGUUGUCGUCCUUGAUCGCUUUUGGACUCGGUUGGCUGCUCCGCGGAAACCAGCGGCCGUCUUCCACGAAGCUGACCAAGGUGCGCCGCUCAGACCCGGCACCCUCAGUCGUAACGACGUCUUCAGUGAUUCUGAGAGUCACUGGCGCAGAAGUAUUUGAGGGGGACGGCGUUGCUGCGUCGGAGCAGGAAGAGCUUCUAAUCGACCAGGUAAUUCGGGCAGUUGCUGCGCAUCGCGCCUCUGUGCAGCGUCUCCAGUCAUUGAAGAGCCAGUCUGCAGACUCGAAAGCGCCUAGUGCUGUUGACGCAGCUGUGCACGGUACCGCGCAAGACGCUGAGCAGGCAGUGAAGCAGGAUGGCGUUCUCUCCGCGAGUGCAGAAACCGGCGAGCCUGCUCUCGAACGCACUGAUGCCAGCACUGUGGUCGAGUUGAGUGAGCAAGAGCGCAUAUGGUCCGAGGAGCUUGCUGCAAUACUGAAGCAGCGUCGUCCACUCAAACAGAAACCAGCUCGUUGGUGCCGCACGCCGGACGAUUUCAUCGCUAUGCUGCUUCACGCUUGCGUUUUCGCUGCACGGAAGCAUCGGAACCAUCGCCGCAAGGAUACAGAACGUACACCCUACAUUAAUCAUGCACUGAAUGUUGCGUAUGCACUGUGGCACGAUGGUCGCGUCCGAGAUGGUCGGGUUAUUCUGGCCGGCAUUCUUUGUCAUGCCAUCAGCGAUGAGCACUUUGCUGCACACACUGAAAACGCUUUGACGCAAGAAGCUUUGCCUGACGACUUGGACGAAAACCACGAUGGCAAGCUUCUCUUGACUGCUGCAAACGCAUCAUCCGCUUCGAGUGCUUCCAUCGUCGAGAUCGAAAAGGAGUUCGGCAUUGAAAUUUCCAGCAUUGUGCGUGAAUGUUGGGCGGAAAAACGUGUUCUAAGCCGCCAUCUCGCUGAGAAAACCGUGCAACAUCCUUUGGAUCAAAGAGCAAGACUACAGAAUGACUUUCUCACUGAGAAGAAAAGCACUAAUAUGCUCCAUGAAGAGAGCACCGCAAGAGCGACUGGAGCUUCCACUGAACGGUCCCUGUGGACACGUCUCUUCUCGAGAGCCCAGCCAAAUGACGUGAAGGGAUCGGAUACGGCCGUGCAAGGGGAAACACCUGGCUCUGAAAAAGGACUCUCAAACAUGUGGGGAAGAGCGAAGGACUGGCGCGUCAUGAAAGCUUCCAGCAUGCUGACCCGGAUGGACCGCAAAAAAAUUGAGGCUGCCUGUAGCAUGUUGAAGAGUAAGGAGGCCAAAAUGGUUCGACUCGCUGACAAACUCGUGAACUUGCGUGAGAUUCUUGCAUGUGAGCAGGGCCGCCCGCACGGGUGGAGCCAGCAACGAACCGCAGAGUAUUUCGCUUGGGCUGACGCCCUCCAGCGGCGUAUCGGCAACGCCUGUCCACCACUGGCAAAAGCUAUUGAGAAAAUCGUGAAAAUGCACCGGUCACAAUAUGAUUUGGAGAAGAAUCUCAGUCGUGAGCCGGCGCUGGUGAUUGCGACCGGCAUACAGAAAAGCCAUAAUGACGGAGAGGCGUCUAUCCUGUCGUCAAGCACGGAAGAUGAGCAUUCUUCCGGAAAAGAAGGACUGUUCGGGCUCUCGCCUUCGAAUCCACUUGAUAAGGAAAACUUCGCAGUCGUUCGAGGCGCACCAUUUAGAGUUGGUGCCCUGGCACCUGACGGCGGACAACAACACCAAAAAUACGUUCUCAUAUCCGACUAUCUAGAGAAGCACGUCAGCAAGCCCCUGAAGAGCUCGACAAUUGAAGCAGACACGAGCAGUUUGACGAUCAGCACGCUUGAUACGCCUGCAAAACGUGGUGUACUCCUCGAGCUCCAGUCCACUGAAUCGCUGUAG